AAAAGAAUUUUGUUUAUGGACGUGGUAUUUAUUCAACACCUGAUGUGAAUGUUGUUGAAUUAUACGCCAAGGAAUUUGAGCAUGGUGAAGAUAAAUAUCUAGUGAUAAUUCAAAAUCGUGUGAAUCCUAAAGAUUUGCAAAAA